CUGGCCUUCCCAUUGGCUGCUCGCCCCUUUAGGCCCUGCCCCCGCCGGUCCCGCCGCCGGUGCCGUCGGUGCCGCCGCCGCCGCCGAUAUGGCGCGCCCGGCCCCUGUGGAGCCCCCGCUGCGGCAUCCUGCGCCCCCCUCGCCAGCGGCGGGUGAGCCCCGCGCCUCGGUCGAGGCCACGGUAGCCCCGCGGAGGGUGCUGUUCGCCGACGAGGCCCUGGGGCUGCCGCUGGCGCAGCUGCGCCGCUACCGGCCGUGGGGCGGGCCCGGGGCGGGCAAGAUGGCGGCGGCGGCCGGGCAAGAUGGCGGCAGUGGCGGGGCUGACGAGGACGACGAUGGCGAGGAUGGGGAUGAAGGGGAGGAGGAAGAGGAGGCCUGUCCCGAUCCCUCGCCGUUAUGCCCCGUUCCCGCUGGCGGGGGGUUUUACCUGGUGCCCACAUUUUCGCUGCCGCCCGCGCCAGGCCGUCUGGAGCGCUUGGGGCGCGUCAUGGUAGAGCUAGAGGCGUUGCUACCGCCUCCUGGAGCGGUUCCCGGGGGUGCCGGGGUGUGGGUGCCUGGGGGCCGCCCGCCGGUGCUUCGCGGGUUGGUACGCGUGUUGAAUCGUUCCUUCGAGAAGGCGGUGCACGUGCGGGCCUCACACGACGGCUGGGCUACGUUCUGCGACCACCCAGCGCGCUACGUCCCGCGCAGCGCACCUGGGGCAGGAGCGGGAGGACCAGGAGCAGGAGACCAUAUUCUGGAUCCGGGGCUCGGCCUGGGCCCUGGCCAGGCGUCCACCUCCUCGCCCGACGACGGCGGCCGCACUGACCGCUUUGCCUUCCAGCUGCCCUUUGCUGAGGGUGCGGGCGAUGGGGCGCGCCUCGACUUCGUGGUGCGCUAUGAGACCCCCGAGGGCACUUUCUGGGCCAACAACCACGGCCGCAACUAUACAGUCCUGCUCCGGAUCGCACCCGCUCCCACACCCACUGAUGUCGAAGGGCUGACCCAGCAGCCGCAGCUGCAGCAGCUGGAGCCACAGCCUGAGUGCCAGGGUCCCGUGGAGGCUGAGGCCAGGCAGCUGAAGAGCUGCAUGAAGCCGGUGAGGCGCAGGCCUAAUGAGGAGGAACUGAGGAUGAAGAACAUGGAUGAUAAUACCUCUGCUGUGGAGUGUCUUGAUGUUCAAGAGUUAGUGGGUCCCCUGGUGGCCCCCACCCCACUUCGUCCAUGGCCCCAGAUGACACUUCAGGUUUCUGAAGUUACUGGAACUGGCAACCCUUCAGGAGAAGGUGGCAUCUCCAGAAGCAGUCUCCCAGUCAUUUUUACAGAGGUCCUCCAGGCACCAGCCAUCAGGAUUCCUCCCUCCACUCCUCUCUCUGGCCUGGGUGGCUCCCCCAGAGAUCAGGCCUCUGGGCCUGAUGCAAGUGAAGUGGCCACUGGGCCCUUCUUGGAGCCCAGCCAGCAACAGGUGGAGGCCUCUUGGGAAGUGUCAAGUGAGAGUGGAGGGGGUCAAAAGGACCUCAUGGUGGGAGCUGUUAUGGAUGAACCUACUGGGGGUCUGGAGGUCCUGAGUGGGUUGGAGGAGCUGCUUGGCGAAGACACCAUUGAUCAGGAGCUGGAACAGCUCUAUCUGUCUCACCUGAGCCGCCUGCGGGCUGCUGUUGCUGCAGGUGCAGCAGGGGGUGGUGGGGAGGGCCCUACAGAUGGGGGGCUAUCCCCUAGCCAUCCCCUGGGCAUACUCACGGACCGAGACCUGAUCUUAAAGUGGCCUGGCCCUGAGCGGGCCCUGAACAGUGCCCUGGCCGAGGAGAUCACCUUGCACUACGCACGACUGGGGCGUGGUGUGGAGCUCAUCAAGGACACUGAGGACCCUGAUGAUGAGGGGGAGGGUGAUGAGGGGCUCGCCAUCACUCCCUCCAGUCCUGAAGGAGACAGCCCCAAGGAAUCGCCUCCGGAAAUCCUCUCUGGGGCCCAUGCUGUGGUAGCCACUAUGGGAGAUGUGUGGUUCCCAUGGGCAGAGGGUGCUGGAUGUGACAGCUCUGUGGUUUUGGGUACAGAAGGUCCAUUCCCUGGGGAUCCAGAGAAAGGGAUGGGCAAGGACAUCAACUCUCUAUACACAAAUAGAAUCCUAGGUGGGGUGACCAGGUCUUUGGGGGAGGCCGGAACAGAGGCCCAGAUGGAGGUCACCCCUGAGUGGGCAGGUGGCUUAGUUCCAAUGUCCGACAAGGAGCCAGAUGUUCCAGUCCUUCUGCAGGAGCAGAAUUCCACCUCUCUUUGUCCCAUGAGGGAUGAUGUCUAUCUUUCUAGUGUGGCAAGGUCUCCUGUGAUCUCCCAGGAUGAAGAAGGUGCAGACCCAAGUCUUGAGUCCCCAAAGAGGUCUCCCACCCCAGAAGCCCCUGCAGAAUGUGGGUGUGGAUUGCCUUCUCAGCUCUGGGGCCCCUUAACCCAGACGCUGGGAGUCCUGGCUGGGCUGGUGGUGGUCCCUGUGGCUCUGAACAGUGGUAUGUCCCUCCUGGUGCUUGUGCUGUGCCUCUCUCUGGCCUGGUUCUCGUAGGGGCUGCUUGUGGGAUCAGCAAUAACAGGCUCUCCCUCCCCCUACUCUUUGGGGUCUGGGGAAGGUCAGUCCCUCCACCCCCCCCCCCAGAGGGUUGAAAUGACACAUAUGGCCUGUACAGUGAAGGACCUUGGUCCUCUGCUUCUAAGAAUGGUUGACUGGAGAGAGGCCUUCCCUUUCCUGUCUUGGAGCUCUCCAGGGAUGGUGGAAGGAGUGAGAACUUUUAGAAUGGAACCAGGCAUGUCCUCCCCACCCACCCCCCAUUCCCCUGAGCCUGUAUUUAUUUUUGUAUAAUUCUCUGGAUGAGGGAGAGUGGUCAUGAGCUGGUCUUGGGGCACAAUUACCCAGAGAUAUAUUUAUUAACAGCCAACCUGUGCAACCUGCUGGAGCUUUAUUUUUAAUUUAAUUUAUAUAGAGUACCUAUUAUUAUAUGCCACAAUAGAGCUCUAUGAGAAAUGACUUGUCUUGCUGUGCAGUAGUCUCCUGUUUGGGCCUGAGUGUGUAGGGUGGUCAUGUUCCACGGGGAAGAAGAUUGUGGGGAGUGGGAGGGUGUAGACAUGGCCCUGCCUGUUGCUGCCUCUUAAAUGUGUCUUUGAGGAUCUGUUGUCUCCUCUCCUCAUGGUCCUAAUACAUGUGGUCUUGUAAUCUUUUUACAUUCUGCCUAUGGGAGCCUGCCUCUGUGUAUAUAGGUGGUGAUGGGAGCUAUGGAGGAAGAAUGGGGGCCACAUGAAGGCUUGCUGUCAGUAUGUGGCUUGAGUGGAGGUUGUGAUCAGUUGUGAAUGUGAAGACAUCGGUUACGAAUCAGCUAUAAGGUUUUGAGGUUUCAGAAAAGAAAAACCAACCCCAAACAGCCUUUGACACCAGCAGAGAGACCGUUCAAACCCCCAAGAUAGAGAAGGCCUCAGAAAAUACAGAGAAAUUAAUGUGCUGUGAAAAAUUUGUAUCACGAGUUGCUGACAGAUAUUGCAUUUCUACUCAAAACAGGAAACUCAGAUGUUUGAAAGAAAGGAUAGAUAUAUUUAUUGCAUGCAAAUAAAAAAUACUUUGCAUAGCAAAAUAAAACACCAUAUAUUUAUUU